AUGGCCUUCUCCUUAUUAGUGCUAGGAACAGAUGAAAUAAUCAUAUUUAGACCUAAUGACUUGGACUUCAGUUAAUGGUACGUCUUUCUCAUUGAGCUGUUCUUUACCUUUACUUUCCAAGUUGUCAUUCAGCAUUCUAAGAACUCAAAAGUUACCAUAUUUGACAACAUGGUCCUUGGAGUUGGAUCAGUCGCGGCGGCAAUUUACUUCUCAAUUACCUGUGCUGGAAGAUUCACAGGCGCUGCAUUGAAUCCAACUAUUGGUUUCACAAAUUUGACAUUUGUAGCAAUAGCCUUGGAUACUAAUGAUUACAUUAAGUUCUUGCCUGCUUACGUAUUUGGACCUCUUAUUGGAGGUGUUCUGGCUGGUUUGUUCACAGCCCACGUUAGUGCAAGAAUUAUUCAUGAUCCAAAUGAAUAUAAUCAAGUCAGAAAAUUCGCAAGAAUGACUGAAGACGUCAAAAAACAUAAGCCUUUGUCUACUGAUCAAGAGCCACUAUAUUACAAUUCAACCUGA